GGCAGGGCAACAAUGGUAAACAAACGUCAGGCAGCUUGUCAUCUGGCCACCGGAUGCGUGCGCAAUAUUUCCUUGGUUUUGUGGAGUGUGGUGUGAAUGAACAUUAGUGUAAAAGCAAAGGGAUUGUUCACUUGAACUCAAAUUGUAUGUUAUGUGCUUUUUUCAUCUUGAAUAAUUUCCAGCCACCGUGCGAUAAUAUACAUUCGCUUUAGCCCAGUGUUUACUUAUGUUCGUCGUGAACGCGAAAAAGUGGCUGGAUCAAUCGGUAUAAUUUACUGUAAUUUCGCCCAAUACAAUACGAUGGGUGACUGUUGAUGUAGAAUAAAGAAAACUACAAACUCCUUUCAUCGGCAGCUACCGGUGAAUGCAGCGCCUAAAACCAGUUACCUUGGGAAGACCGCGCCGCCUAGCUGCCUUAUAAAUUGGCGGCGCGGCUGCGCAUGCUAGCGUGAGGUGUCACACCCUGGGGCCGCGCAGGAAAUAUCUGCUGCGGUGGGCGCUGGGUCACAAUGGACGACGGAGGCAGCAACAAACAGCGCCAGGCUACGCGAGUAUUCAAGAAGAGCUCGCCGAAUGGAAAGAUCACGGUGUAUUUAGGAAAACGAGACUUCGUAGAUCAUAUCACACACGUCGACCCGAUUGAUGGGGUUGUACUAAUCGAUCCAGAAUACGUAAAGGAUAGAAAGGUCUUUGGACAUGUCCUCGCUGCGUUCCGAUAUGGGCGGGAGGAUCUGGACGUUCUGGGUCUCACCUUCCGCAAGGAUCUCUACCUCGCUGCAGAACAGAUUUACCCGGUCACGGGAACUCCGAAGCGACCGCUGACACGGUUGCAAGAGCGACUUGUCCGCAAGUUAGGGCCAGCGGCUCACCCCUUCUACUUUGAACUACCGCCGCACUGCCCCGCCUCGGUCACUCUACAACCAGCUCCUGGAGACACCGGCAAACCAUGUGGGGUAGAUUACGAGCUGAAAGCGUUCGUCGCGGACUCGCAAGAUGAUAAACCGCACAAGAGAAAUUCUGUGAGGUUAGCGAUCAGGAAGAUAAUGUACGCGCCGAGUAAACAAGGAGAGCAGCCGUCCGUCGAGGUUUCCAAGGAGUUUAUGAUGAGCCCCAACAAGUUAUACCUGGAGGCUUCACUGGAUAAGGAAUUGUACCACCACGGAGAGAACAUAGCGGUAAACGUGCACAUAGCGAACAACUCCAAUCGAUCCGUCAAACGCAUCAAAGUGUCGGUGCGUCAGUUUGCAGACAUCUGUCUCUUUUCCACCGCCCAAUACAAGUGCACCGUCGCGGAGGCAGAGAGCGAGGACGUGACCAAGUGGAAAACUUUUAGAUUCCCCCUUAUCGGAUUGUUCAGUAAGAAUAUAAAAAAGUCUGUGGAGGGUUGCCCGGUAGGUCCCGGUUUUACGCUGAGCAAGGUGUUCACACUUACGCCACUGCUGGCCAACAAUAAAGAUAAGUGGGGUCUGGCGUUGGAUGGACAGCUCAAACACGAGGACACCAACCUUGCGUCCAGCACACUUAUUGCUGAUCCAUCGCAGCGCGAGAAUUUAGGCAUUAUAGUACAGUACAAAGUGAAAGUGAAGUUAUGUCUCGGACCUUUGGGCGGCGAGCUGAGUGCCGAGCUGCCGUUCAUCCUGAUGCAUCCUAAGCCGGAGGAGGAGGCACCGCGGCCUGUGCCCGAGCCCGCCCCGCUCGACCACGACCUCAUCCAGCUCGACCCGCACCCUGACGAGAACGGCCAAGAGCAAGACGACGAUAUUAUAUUCGAAGAUUUCGCGCGUCUCCGGCUCAAGGGCGCCGACGCAGACGCUUGAACGAACUUCACACCCGAUCGCUGGAUCGCACGCAAUACAUUGCGUCCCGGACUUACUACACUCCGAUGCACGCCCCGAUGUGCUAAGACUUGACAAGAGAACGGAGCGCCAAAACCAGAUAGUCCGAUCCAAUUCACAAAUUGUCGGCCAAGAUAAUGAGGCGAGUGCUGAUUAAAAACAUAACAGAUCGUAAGGUCGAGAUUUAUUUGGUAACGGUCGUGAAACCGAGAUCUCGGUCGGCAAUAGACAUUCUUGAGUGUGAUUUAUAACGGAAGCAAUAAAAAAUGUUUUUUUUUUUGGUUCGAUAAUGAGACUUGAUUUGUUCGAGAAUGCGCCCGAGAUCUCGGUCGGACUUUGUAAGAGUAUCUCCAUCGAAAACUUUCCACGGAUUAAGUAAAUGCGGGUAGCGCUUAACUUGUAACCUGGCUCUCGAGACCUUGGUAUUAUUUUGUUAUGUUUCCAUUUAGUGGUUGAAAAUAGACACUAAUGCCAAUUUUCACUAACCAAAAUGGCAAUGGCCUUAUCAAAGGAGAUUCCUAGGCAAACAUCAACCAUUCACCAAUAGUUAUCACCUAAGAGUUAGUGAAACGUUUUUCUACAAAACAUCGACUAAAUUAUUAGGCAUUCGAUUUAUGCCUAGAUUUAGUGAAAAUGGGCAUUAUUCUUUAAGGUCGAUUUUAACUAUUUUGUCGUUAAAGGUUGGUGUCUUUUGAACUAUUGUUCACGGUCAAUUCCCUUUACUUUAAAUUGGAUGUUGAACAGAUGAUUAUAUAUUCACGGGAAGUAGAUUCUAGAGUAUCUAUUCCAUUUAUUUUGCCAUUAAAGUUGUACAGAGUAGUUAGCGAGAAAAUAAAUAAUUUUAAUGCAAGUCAAAUUUCGUCUGAACCGAACGUAAUGUACGGCUGGCCACGCACAAUGUUAAAUGAAGCGUAGUAUGUGAACGAAUUUAGUGAAAUAAUGAGACGUUGACGUGUCCAUGUAUCAUCCCUAUACACUAUACAUGUUGAGGAUUUGACCCACAAAGAUAAAACUUCAAAAUUUUCUGUACCUUUAUAAACAAAUAAUAAAAUCUGUGUUUAUUAUUACUCUUUAUUUGACAUGAAGUAAAAGAAUUAUACAAAAGGCGGCCUUAUCGCUUAGUAGCGAUUUCUGCCAGGCAACCUUAAUAACAAAUAAUAACCUUGUUUAGAUAAUAGAGUAUGAAUUCCUUUGCGAUAAUUUUGAUCACAAAGUUGUGGGGUAUAAUUGCCUGAACAUGAGUACGCAAGGCAAAUGCGUAAACGCUUUAAUCUGUUUAUGAACAAAAUCGUAUGAACUGGGUGCCUUCGUCGGCGGGUAUACCCAAAAUAACACAAACCGCAUGGUUAACUGUUUGAACUGCUGCGUUAUGCUUUGUACACGUUAUAGGCUAAUGCAAUUUUAAACAUGAACGCUACAACACUGAAAGUACCUAAGAAUAGCGCAAAGCAUAUUAUAAUUAAAUUUUUUAUAUAAUAUUUGAUGUAUAUUAUAUGUGGAAAUUUUAUUUUUGAAUAGGGUUAUUAAUUAAAUAAUCGAGUACAAGUUUAGGCUUUAUUCGUUGGUGUUAUUUUGUCAUUAUUGUCCAUCUAAACUUUUCUUUAUUAGUGAAUUUAUAGUACAAUAUGUUUGUUAAUGUGCAUUUAUAGAAUAAAAAACGUAUUUUGUACCUCAAUGUUAUUUACUUUUCGGGUAGUGGGUGUAUUUAUGUAUUAAUAAAUAAUAAUGGGAGAAUCAUAUAAUAUCGUUCGAUAUUUCGAUUGAAGUUAUAAUUAUUAAUAAAUUAUAUAUUGCACAAACAUUGCAUUAUACGAAAUGUUUUUUUGUAAAUGAAUAUAAUCUAUUGUCUAUAACAUACAUUAUGAUAUUGCUUUUAACAUAUUAUGUUGUUAUAUGCUGAACAGUAUAUGGAGUGGAUACCAAUAUUAAAGGAUUUAAUCGCCUUUUUUUUUUGUAAAUGAAUGUGAAAAAUUGCAGUCAAUUAAAUUAUAACUACGAUUAAAUUAAUUUAAUGCUGAUUGCAUAUAUUUCUUGAAGUCUGCCUUUUAGAAAAAAAUACAAUUCUAAAUUUAAUUCUUAAAGACCUCGAGCCACGAAGUACAAUAAACAAGCAAUAUUAUGCUCUAUUAGCGUAAACUUUUAAACAGAUUUUAAUCGAUUCUGUCUGUUUAUAUUCUAGUGGCUUUAAAACCAUCAUCUUACGGCAUGCGUUAGAAACAAAUCUUAUCUGAGAUCUUCAGAUAACAGAUUGAAUUGACGGUCGAUUGUCGCAGUGGGCAGCGACCCUGCUUUUUGAGCAAAGGCCGUGGGUUCGA